ACGGUGAAAAUAAUGCCAGAUUAUAGGCAAUGUCUGAAAAAUUGUCAUUUUAUGGACACCAUUAAAUGGCAUUUUCGUCCAUUUAUUAGACCGCGUUAACUAAUGCCAAAUAAAUGUGACCGUUAAAUGUCCGUUUUUUCUCCAUUUCAAAAUGGCAAAAACCUGGUCAUAAAAUGGCAUUUAACAGCCAGUUUAUGGUCACCAAGUCAUUCACCGUUUUAUUCUGCCGUCAUGAAUAGUAUACACGACUCUGAUUUUCCUAAAAUAAUUUAGAGUGUUUCUGUUCUCCAAUUAUACGAGUCAUAGAAACUUGCCUCGACGAAGUGGUCUGUGGUUCUUGACUCGAUGCAGGUGAUAGCACCUCAGAUUCAGAAGAUAUGUUUUUGACAUUUUCUAACGGUCUAACAACUGAUAUUUAAAUGGCAAAAAAGUGUGAUCAGUAGGGUUACUGGCACCAGUUAAAUGCCUGUUAUUUGACCGUUUUUUGACAUUUAAAAAAAUGCGAAAUAAAUGCAUUUAAACGUUCCCAGUUAUAAUGGCAAAAAACGGCCUAAAAACGGAGUCAAAUGUCAUAAAAAUGCCAUUUAAAUGCUUAUUAACAGCGUAUUAAAUGGCAUUUAAUUGGCAAUUAAUUACACCGUUUUCGACGUCUUGGGAUCUAGUAAAAAUUCAUUCAAUUGAGAAUUUAAUUUGACCUAUCCGUUAGUUUUAUUGUCAUUUUCCUCAAAGGGUUUGUUUCUGCUUUACAAAAACCCAAAACUGAAUUUAACAAAUUUCUUAACAUUUGGGUAAAAAUAAUUAUUCUCAUGUGAUUUAGCGUAAAUUUUUUCUUUCGUGUAUUUCUACUUGAGCACUAGUGAAAAGCACUGGUGUGUCUUCAGCACAUUCGAUAACUCAGAAAAUUUUCUAUUUAAUGGCGAGACGUAUUGUAAAAAAUUUAAAAAAAAUUUUGAAACUAAUAUUAUUUUCCUAUGAGAAUUUUUUUGCUAUUUUGUUUAAAAACUUUUCCUAAGCUUUUGCCAAUACUCCUCGCCAAAAAUAGAAAAUCGUCUGGUAGAUAGUUUUUACUUAGGCUAAAUAAUUCAUCAUUGUACAAGGAUUGUCUUUGUGUGAUAAACUUUGCUGCAUAUUCAUUGGUACAUUGAUGAAUUAUCUAGCCCAAGUAAAAACUAUCUAUUAUUUAUCUACCAUAGCAGCAUUAUGGGCGUACAAGCAAGUACAAAUCCUCGUAUAAAUAGAGGUCGGCUGUAUACUACUCGUUAAGAGUGAUACUGACCGUUGAAGUAUUGCACUACUUCAAUCGUUGUAUAUGAUAUAUGACAGAACGUCAAAAUUUACUUUUGCAGUUUUUUUCUGCAGAAGUGAAAUUUGUUCGGUUCUGUCCGUUGUUUGUACAAGGAGUGUCUUUGUAUGACAAACUUUGCUGCAUAUUGAUUCGUACAUGGAAAAAUCUUCUGAGUUAUCGAAUGUGCUGACGACGAAAAAGCACUUUUCCGCUAUUCUGCAUGAACUUUAUUACUUUCUUCGCGUUGAUAUGUAUUUUUUUUUGUCGGAGUAGUAAGAGCGUUUUACUUUCCUCGAUUCUGCCACAAAAACAAAAACUGUUUCCAAUAUUAAACUAACAAGUUUUGUAAAGAAUUAAAUUUUUAAUUGAGCUUGCUCGCAAAUUUUUUACUCGAUGCAUAAUAUCGGAGAAAAUGUGUCAUCAUUUAAUCAUUCGUUAAAUAAUUCAGUGAGAUAAGCAAGAAUUUUACUGUAAUAUACUCCCAUGACGAAGAAUACGAAGAGCGCAGAAAUUGAAAAGAUAUUUUUUAUUCUGAGAAAAGAACUGCUCGUACGUUCUCCUUUUAGCUAUUUGUUUUUUGCACGAAAAAAAUUACCUUUCAUUCUAACUCUCUUUUCAUUCAGUCUGUAGCAGAAAAAAUGGUCAAACAAAGCAAACAAAAAACCAAAGUAUCAUAAAGCAAAGUUUUAUAACAAACUUCCAUAAAAUUUCAUUCGAAUAAAUUUUACAAAAAAAGUAUGUGCGUUCGCGGCGUUUUUAAUAUAACUUUGGCAAGGAGCGGGGGAAGUUUUAUUAAGCAACUCUAAAAAAUUUUCUCAGUACAUUUUUUCUCAUUUUUCCUUCUUUUUACUAAAAAAAAUUUAGUUGCUAACCAAAAGAAAAAUAAAGGUCUUCAACUUUUCUGAAUGAGAAAAAUUUUCCCUCCGCCCUAAUCGAAAUCACUGUGCAUCCGCUAUUACACAGACAGUCAAAAAGAUAUUAACAAAUAGAUAAAGUCUUUAACUUAUCACUUCGGUCAACUGAAGGGGCAGUCUUGAGGAGAACGAGUCUACCAGGUAUAAUGUAUAAACUUGAUAAAAUAACAUUUCUUCUCGCUAGAUAAUAAGAUCUAAAAGAGUAAGUUACGAAUUUCAACAAAAAUAAUCUCUCACAACACAGAUCAACGUUGGAAUAGGCUCUUCUUUUUUUUCUUCGUUUUAUUCUAAAACUUAUAUUUUUGUUUUAGAAAAUGAAUUUGACGGAUCAAGAAUCUCAUCUAUCAUGUAUGAUAUGUCUCGAUAUUGCCAAUCAAGCAGUCGAGACGAGUUGUUGUCAUCAGCUAUUUUGCGAAACAUGUUUGGAUAGUGUCAAAGACAAAACUUCCUGUCCAAACUGUCGAAAUAAAUUUAAACCAAUAAUUGCUUAUUUUGUUCGACGCUUAAUAGGGAAUUUAUUUUCGACAUGUCCGAACGGUUGCGGGCAGACGUUUACAUAUACAGAUAAAGACAAUCAUCUCAAACAGUGUCCCAACCGUAUUCUUAAAUGCCCCAAUUGUGGGUUUUCUAGUAGCAAGCAGCUGUUUUUGGAACAUUUAAUAGAGAAACAUGAAAAUAUUAUCAUAGAAAAUAUUGAACGUCUUUUUUCAUCAGCACCAUCAUCAAGUAAUGUUGACAAACCUAAUAUGACUUUAAAGACAAAUGACAGAAUUGAGAGAUCAAUAAAUGAUGGUGGAAGAUAUGCUCGACUCGGUUCAUCGGGUAAAUUUUAUUGCGAAGGGCCAUUGAAUACGUACUGUUCGUGUUGCAAUGGAAAAUGUGGUCCAACGAACGGCUGUAAUUGUGUUCAUUGCAUGAAGUUGGAUGUUGAAAAACAAAAACUAUCACACGGAUGGUUUGUAAAUAGUGAUGGUGCAUCAGCCAGAAAGAGUGUACAAACAAAACUAUUCUACUGCGGUCGUCGAGUAUUAAUGGGUGUUUUGGGCUGUGAUGGUUAUUGUGGCCCGACUGAUGGACCAAAUUGUCAAGCAUGUCAAAAAUUGUCUCGACAACAAGAUCGGUAUGCAUCAAUUUGGUAA